GUGCAGUGUUCGGACGAAAGAUUCCGGGACAAGUUUUGUUCAAACGGUCUGAACGAAGUACGUCGUCGUUCACCGGAGUUCUCCUGUAAAUCCAUUCUUCCGACUGCUUUUAUUUGUUGACGACUGCUCCAAUCAAUUCUUCUCCAAUUUAAUCCAAACUACUUCUCGCGCCUAUUCGCUAAUUUGCGCUGCCAGUUUCCAUUUUCAGAGGAAGGUUUUCAAGAUGAUUCUCUAUGAUUGACUAAUCAUUCACUGAGGUUACGCCUUUAUCAAUUGGGUCUAAUAUUCGUCGGAAAGCAAUGGCAAUUUCUGCCAGUUUUCCUCAUAGGCCCCCAUCCUUCAUUGCUCUGCUUUUGGUGGCAACAAUUGUACACAUAAUCGGCGUCAAGUCGGUGAAUGCAGUUUGUGAGCUCAGUUACAGGGACCACAACAAGCUUUAUAAUUAUAGCUUAGCGUCCCCACUUCGUAAAUUCCCCCAUGGCGUCCUCAGCGAAGAUGGGUAUUGAUUUUAUUCCUUCCAGUAGAUGAUUUCCGUAUUUCGUAGAUAUUUGCUCUUCCAGUAAAUGGUUUUUAUAUUGUGAUUUAUUGGUUUGUCAUUUGCAUUGAGAUUGUAUGACUUGAAAGCAGUUUGGUUUUCAUCUUUGUUGCUGUAAUUUUGUUUGUUCUUCCUGGUUCAUUUGAACCAUAAUUGUAUUUGGAUGAAGUCUCUAGAUGAUUUAUAAUGCUUAUAUGAUCAGUUACAGCCAGGAGAACUUGAAUCAACUAUUUAAGGAUACAGUGUUGAAUUUUUUUCUCAUACUAUAGGCGAUUGAGAUUAAUGAGUGGACUGGUAGCUGUGAAAAUGGAAAGUUUGCAUUCUGCUACUGAUUAAUGAGUUUUGACUUUCGGAUGGCAAAGUGUAGCCAAUAGAAUACGAAAUUAUUAACUUAACCUGAUUUUUGAGUAAUUAUACUUUCUGAAACUUAGAAUAUAGUAGUUUCAAGUGAAGAAACUUCGAAUUUGAUCUGUUUGGUUCUGAUGGAAAUCCUCAUUUGGCAUCUUUGGUGGUAGGUUCUACAAGGUAGCAGUUAAUGAGACCGUUGUCUGGUUUCAGCUUUGUGACUCAAUGCUAUUUAACCAUGAUCCUCCUGCCUGCAUUGACUGUGGGGAUUGUGGUGGUUCAUCUCGGUGCGGGAUGGGUUGUAGUGCAUUGGCAUCAAAUAUGAUUGGAGGUUACCCUGUUUGCAAUUCUAUUGGACACCUAGCAAGCACAACUGUCUAUCCAAUGGAUACUAAACAGCCACACAUGGGGGUCAUUGUUAAGAUGUCAAACAUUCAGCCAAGACUCAACUGCUCUCUAUCUGUGACGGUUGUCUGUGAUUAUAAUAAUCUUCAAGGUCCACAUACACUCGAGAAAUCUGGAACUUGUGAUUAUGCUACACAACUAAGGCAUCCAGCUGGCUGCGCAAAGGUGAUAUCCACACAGGGAAGUGGAUGGGGAUGGUUCGGUACUUUAUUAUUUAUACUGUUGUGCUUCUUUGCUGCUUACAUGCUGGCUGGCAUUAUUUAUCGACAUUUUUUCUUAAAUAUCCAUGGAAUUGAUAUGAUUCCAAACUUGGAAUUUUGGGCAAGCCUACCGCAUAAAGUUCAGAGUUUGAUAAUGUCCUUGGUACGGAGAUUUAGGGGACCUUCUGCAGGUUAUCGUAGCUCCUAUUCUCCAGUUAAUUUUUGAAGGAGGAAGGAAAUUUCUGGAGUUCCUCUGCAAGUUAUCAUCAGAUGUCAUCAUUAGCUCUUUCAUGAAUUUUAAUUUUCCGGCCAGAACAAAAUCUGGGUUUCUUUGAGGUGCAGUUAACAGGUGGAGAGAAUUUUGACAUCAUACAGAUAACAGUGUUUCAAGAUCCAUCCAUUAUUGCUACUCGGAAGAGGCUAUGAUUAGUUUGCGAGUUGAUAUUCUUUUGAGGAUCAUGUAGACGGUUUCCACUAAAUUAAGGUUGGUUCUUGAACAGUGGAUAAGGCAAUUGCUGAUAAGAUGGUACUUCUUAUUGAUCAUGAUUAUCAGUCAGUACUUUGCAUGUUUACUUCAGGGUUAAGUCCUUAGUAGGUUGUUUAUGUGUAAUUUGAUAGUGAACUAAUAUUUAAUCUUAUGGAAGGCCAUGGGAUCUUGUUAGAUGAUGACAGUGAUGAUGGCUGGGAAAUGUAUGUACACUUAUAUUCUUUGGAUUACCAGUGGCCGUGUACGGUACAAUUCAUUUAGUUAAGAGUAUGUGUCCCUUUUAUCAUUACCCAUUAGGAUACAGAAUCUAGAAUUGAGGCCAUAAAACAAUUAGUAGUUAGUAAAACAGCUCCAUCAAUGAUUGGAUCAAAGCAAGAAAAUGGUUUCCUUUGGUCAGUUUUGAAUAAUUUGUCCCUGC